AUGUCCUCCCUCACGAAAUUCACCCCCAUACCUCCCACCGCCAACCAAUCACGAUCCCGAUCCGCCUACUUCUCCACCAAAACUACAAGUAUCGUUAUCAUCCUGAUCUCCAUCGUUCUGUUCAUGAUCAGUCGGCUUUCAUUCUCUUCCUUUUCUUCCCCGGAUGGUCUAGAUAGACGCCAACAUCAGAAUACCAAUUACGACCUAUCCCCCGACCUUGAUACUAUUCAAAUCCAUGAGCCCGUCGCCGACGAUGACAUAGGUUUCGAUCUCAACCGGGACUUCGACUCCGAUUCUGAACACCAUGAUUGUCCGUAUUCAAUCCCCAGAAAAGAGCCUGAUGUGGAGAGAGAGCAAAGCCGUUGGAGUUUCUCUUCCUCUGCUCCGUCGUCUGCCGCUGCCUCUCCCUCUGCGUCUGUGUCUACCUUCGCGGCGUCUUCGUCUGGAGAGGUUUGGAUCUCGGAUUUUGGGCCGCUCGAGAGAGUUCAUCUCAAGUUGGGUGGACUGAAGGGAUGA